AUGGCUGUCGCUGCGCCCAUCUCUCCGGAGCAUAUUGCCAUCGUCAAGGCGACUGCUCCGGUUUUGAAGGAACACGGUGCGACGAUUACAACGCUCUUCUACAAGAAUCUGAUCGCUGCUCACCCGGAGCUCAAGAACGUAUUUAGCAUGUCUAAUCAAACUAGCGGGGCUCAACCGCGAGCUCUAGCCGGUGCCGUUUUUGCCUAUGCCACCUACGUUGACGAUCUCGGCCAACUAAAAGCUCUCGUAGAGCGUAUCGCACACAAGCACGAGAGUCUUAACGUCCAGGCCGACCAUUACCCCAUUGUAGGAAAAUAUUUGAUCGAGGCCGUAGCCGCGGUGCUAGGUGAUGCUUGCACACCUGAAAUCGCCGAGGCCUGGACCGCCGCCUACGGUGCAUUGGCCGAUAUUUUCAUCAACAGGGAAAAGCAACUGUACGCUGCUCACCAGAACUGGCAGAGCUGGCGCCGCUUCAAGAUCCAACGCAAGGUACCAGAGACAUCCGAGAUUACCAGUUUUUAUCUUGUGCCCGAAGACGGACAGCCGCUCCCGUCGUUUCUGCCGGGACAAUACAUUAGCCUUCAAGUAUUCAUUUCUCAAAUGGGUCACAUGCAACCCAGGCAAUACUCGCUAAGCGAAGCACCGCGCACCGAUUACUACCGCAUCAGCGUGAAGAAAGAUAAGGGAAAGCAGGCUGGCGUUCCGGGAUUAAUCUCUAAUCUGCUACACGAAAACUACAAAGAGGGUGAUGUUCUCGAGCUUACGGCGCCUGCUGGGGAGUUUUUCGUUGACCCCAAGGAAGAUGAGAGCAAGCCUAUCGCUCUUAUCUCCGCGGGCGUUGGUCUUACACCCAUGCUGUCCAUUCUCAACAGUGCCGUAAACGCGGGAUCACGCCGGCGCAUCUCGUGGAUACACGGUGUACAUAGCUCUGAGGUCCGCGCGUUUAACGAUCAUAUCCGAGACACGUGCGCCAAGGAUGUCAACAAGAACAUCAACGCAACGUUCUUUGUUACGUCACUCCAACAGCGCGAUGUAGAAGGAGUUGAUUACCACUUCGUCGGGAGAGUAGACCUCGGCAAGGUUGACCCCAGGUCUAAUUUGUUCCUCGAUGACGCACGCGCCGAGUACUUCAUAUGUGGUCCUUACUCGUUUAUGAAAGAUACAGAGAAGUAUCUAGUCGGUGUUGGAGUGGGCCCAGAGCGGAUACAUCUCGAGGUCUUCGGCACCGGAGAUCAGUAG